CUGCCGCUUUCAUGGCUGUUCCCUACGCGCCACCCUAGGCACCUCCUUGAGAAGCCUCGGGGCAGCGGGGACCCUCGGGGUUGCUGGAGGUUUGGGGGCCGACCCUUCAUCCCCGCGCCCGAACCUUAGUGGUUCCUGCCCGUGAGGGGCAGCGGGCACCGCCCCCACCUCAGACUGGAGGUGCGAGUGGGGACUGAGUUCCGCCGUCAGCCCCGGUCCCCAUCUAUGAACCCCAGGUGCGAUGCUCAGGUGUCCAGGGGCUGCCGCAGGUGGGCUGGACAGUUAGGGUCGGGCUGGGAGUCCUGAUGUGUUCCAGGCUCGACCCGUUGGCGCUCGUCGGCGCCUGUGCCAGAAGAGGCUUGCCCUGGUGGAAUCGAUGCUGGAAGACUGCUCCCUUCCCAGUCACCUUGCUCCAUUUGGGCUACAGAGGGACCGAACUGGCUCUCCCCCAGAUGCAAAUUCCAGCCUCCGUCUCAGGAGCUGACUCCUCAGAUAAGGCCCCUCUGUCCAAGGGUCUUUUGCUGGUCCCCAGUGCCCUGUCCCUCUUGCUGGCCCUCCUCCUACCGCACUGUCAGAGGUUCUUCGUGUAUGACCUCCAAGCCAUCAAGGAUGACUUCCAGAUUUGGAGGUUGAUAUGUGGAAGAAUAAUUUGCCUUGAUUUGAAAGAUACUUUCUGCAGUAGUCUGCUUAUUUAUAAUUUUAGGAUAUUUGAAAGAAGAUAUGGAAGCAGAAAAUUUGCAUCCUUUUUGCUGGGUUCCUGGGUUUUGUCGGCCUUGGUUGACUUCAUCCUCGUUGAGGCUGUGUGGUAUUCCUUUGGUAUUGCUGCAGCUGGGAAUUUGCCUUCUGGAUUCCUGGCACCUGUGUUUGCUCUGUUUGUACCAUUUUACUGCUCCAUACCGAGAGUCCAAGUGGCACAAAUUCUGGGCCCAUUGUCCAUCACAAACAAGACAUUGAUUUACAUAUUGGGACUACAGCUUUUCACCUCUGGUUCCUACAUCUGGAUUAUAGCCAUAAGUGGACUUAUAUCAGGCAUCUGCUACAACAGCAAAAUGUUUCAAGUUCACCGGGUUCUCUACGUUCCCAGCUGGAUGGCAAAGUUCUUUUCCCGGACACUUGAGCCCAUCUUCUCAUCUUCAGAACCCACGGCCGAAGCCAGAGUCGGAAUGGGGGCCACAGUGGACAUCCAGAGACAGCAGACGAUGGAGUUGCUGGACCGGCAGCUGAUGCUGUCUCAGUUUGCCCAAGUGAGAAGACAGAGGCAGCAGGGAGGAAUGAUCAAUUGGAAUCGUCUUUUCCCUCCUUUACGUCAGCGACGAAAUGUAAACUAUCAGGACGAUCGGCGGUCUGAACAACAAGCAUCUCCUCCUCUAGAGGUUUCUGAGGAACAGCUCUGUCAACCUAAAGGAAUCAGUGGCAUCCCAGUAACACUGACCACACCUGCUGCCCAGAUCUCAUCUCCAAAUAUGUUGGCCCACUGACAGAAACAAGCUUCUUGAGAGAAAUGGUGGGUCCCAGGCCCAGGGUUGGGAAGGAACAAGAUGACCCUGGACCACCAUGCAAGGAAUUAAGGAAGUACUCUCAUAACUAAGGGUUCAGGUCCCAAGGACACCAGAGCCAGCUUGAGGGUGUCCCAGUGACCAAAUUUGGGACAUCAGAUUUGGGUAUCAAAGUAAGUAAGGACAGUACUUAAUAUAAUCCACUGGGCAGGGGGGUAAUCCGUGAGCUCAUACUGAUGUUAGGAGAUAAAUUUUUAUAUAGGUAUAUGCAUCCACAGGGAAAAGGAAUGUAAAGAAGUAAGUAGAGAGGAUUGUGGAUGGUAUUAGAAAAUCAUAAUUUUGCAACUAUCAGAGUAAAAAUCAACUCGGGGACAAAUCAUCAAUAUCUGAAGAACAGGCUAUUUAUAUAAUCUCCAGGUAUCUCCCCCAAAGUUGCUUAUUAAUUACAAAAGGAAAAUAGUUAACUAUAUAGUGGAGAAACGGGGCACCAGCUUAACCACAUCAUCAGAAUCAGUAUACUGGUAAUGGAACAGAGAGGCUGCUGGCAUGUCCUGGAAGGACACAUCAGUUAUGUCUUACAAUAAAAAAUCCGUAACUUUGAUCAUAAAGAGAAAGCAGAUGAACCAGUUUGAGGGACAUUCUAUAAAAUAUCUGACCCAUAUUCUUCAACAAUACUCAUGCCGCAAGCUGUUCCAGAUUAAAGGGGACAAAGAGGCAUGUUAACGAAAUGUCAGAUAUGAUCCAGAAAUGCAGUCCAUUCUGUCCUGAAAUGCAGUGCAAACAUUUUUGGUGAACAAACAUUUUAGAGCCAGUUGAUGAAAUUGGACUGUGGAUUAGAUCAUAGUUUUAUAUUAAUGUUCAGUGUCUGCGAUGUGGUAUCUAUAUGGACUGUGAUUAGGAAAGAGAAUAUUCUUAUUCUUGAAAAAUAUACACUUGAAGUACUUAGAGGUAAAGGGACAUGGUAUGUGCAACUUAAUCUCAAAUGUUUCAGGAAGAAUAAGUGAGAGAGCAUAUAGACUGAGGGAGAGAGAGAGAGGGAACGCAGCUGUGGCAAAGUAACAGCGAAUCUGGAUGAAAAGUAAUUGGUUCUAGGUACUGUUCUUGAAACUUUUCUAGAAGUGUGAGAUUAUUUCAAACUAGAAAGUUAAAAAAAAAUCUGUGAAAGAAGUUUAGAGCAUUGUAGUAACAACACUUUUAAAUUUCCUUCUACAUACAUUGUUGUCUACUCAUCAAAUAAAUCAGGUGCAGCAUUUCAUAGCUGGUCACACCGUCCAGGCCAUCACCACCCCUGUCCCCAGAGGACAUAAAGGUCAGUUGGACCCAGGGCACCCAGUCUGUGUGGCAAAGCUGUAUCCUGACUUUUUCUGGAAUUCAUGAGGGGCCUCUGGUCAGAGCUCCCACGGCCACCCUGGAUUAGGCCACCGUAAACGCCUUGGAAAGAACCCAGUUGAAUGUGCCUGAUGAAUUGAUCCGGCUUGCCCCCUCACAACUUCUCACUCAGACUGAUCAUUUUCAUGGCUCCUCAGGACUGUAAGAGGUGCAGGAAGGAGCCAGUUUUCUUCCACGUCCAUUAGAGAAUUUUUUUUUUAAGUUUAUUUAUUUAUUUUGAGAGAGACAGAGACAGCAU